CAGGGGGGAGUUGUCCAGAAAAUCGGACAACUGCAUUUUUGGCAAAAAAAAAAACGAAAAAGAAAAACAAAAACAGGGGGGGUCUACGCACCAGUAGGGAAACCCCCAAAAAAGUUUUCAGGCUGUUUCGAGCAAAACCGAAAAAAAAAUUCAUAUUGGGUGAGGGAGGUGUGAUGAACGACGAGAAAGAGGAGGAGGACAACGACGAUGGGGAGGAGGAGGACGAGGACCACGACGAUGAUGACGACGAUGAGGAGGAGGAGGACGACGAUGAGGAGGAGGACGAUGACGAGGAGGAGGAAGAAGAGUGGAAAGAGGAGGAGGAGAAGGAGGAGGACGACGACGACGACGAUGAGGAGGACGGGGACGAUCGACCUCCCGACUUGGCGCGUUGGCGGAGAGCGGCCGAAGGUGCGAUGACGGAGAUGCUCUUGGGGAGCAUACUAACAGCGAUCGCACUGGCAGCUAUGGUGCUCAGUGUCGUGGUCAGCUUGGAUGAGCCGCAACUAGCCCCUGAUGAGACAAGCGCUCCCGACGAAGAAGACGAGAAAGAGGAGGAGGACGACGACGAUGAGGAGGAGGAGGAGGAGGAGGAGGAAGAAGAGGAGAAAGAGGAGGAGGAGGACGACGACGACGACGACGAAGAAGAAGAGGAGGUGAAGGACGAUGACGCAGAGGAGGAGGAGGAGGAGGAGGAGGAGGAGGAGGAGGACAACGAGGAGUAUAACGACGACGAGGACGAGGAGGAGGAGGGGGAGGAAGAAGAGCAGGAGAAGGAGAAGAACGAGGAUGGGGAAGAGGAAGAAGAGGAGAUGGAGGAGGACGAUAACGAGGAGGAGGAUAACGACGACGAGGACGACGAGGAGGAGGAGGAAGAAGAGGAGGAGGAGGAGGAUGGGGAAGAGGAAGAAGGAGAGGAGAAGGAGGAGGAGGAGGAGGAGGAGGAGGAGGAAGAAGAGGAGGAAGAAGAGGAGGAGGAGGAGGUGGAAGAAGAGGUGGAGCAGUAAAGAAGAGAAACAAAAGGCGGAAGAGGAG